UCGUACUUUUCAAGCAAGAGCGGCUGAAGUGUGCUGUUGUGCACUGUGCAGUGAAAGUCGGAAGUUGGACUUUUACCAAGUGACACUGGACGAAAUGGCAGAAGACAACAGUUAUGAAUCGAUGCUUUGUGUGAAGCCCGAGGUCCACGUCUACCAGAUUCCGCCACGGGCGUCCAACCGUGGAUACCGUGCUGCCGAUUGGAAGCUGGAUGAACCCGCGUGGAGUGGGAGAAUGAAAAUCACAGCAAAAGGAAAGCUGGCUUACAUCAAGUUAGAGGACAAAAACACAGGAGAGCUUUUUGCCCAAGCUCCAGUUGAUCAGUAUCCGGGCAGUGUAGUCGAAGCUGUCACAGACUCCAGCAGGUACUUUGUUAUCCGGAUAGAGGAUGGAAACGGUCGUCAUGCUUUUAUCGGUCUGGGCUUUGCUGAUCGGGGAGACUCCUUCGACUUCAACGUUGCAUUGCAAGACCAUUUUAAGUGGGUCAAGCAAGAAGGCGAGCUGGCCAAAAUGGAAGCAACCCAGAGUGACGCACCAAAGCUUGACCUCAGCUUCAAGGAGGGUCAGACCAUCAAGAUCAGCAUCGGGAACAUAAAGAAGAAGGAGCCAUCUGGUGCUAAGCCGCGCCCCGCGGCUGGAGGUCUGCUCCCACCGCCACCUGGAGCCAAAGCUGGAGGCGUCCUCCCACCUCCUGGUAGCCAGCACACCGUCAUACCUCAACAACAAAACACUGACUUUGGGUCCCCUAUCUCUGAAACCCAACCCAGCGCUGACAUGUGGGGGGAUUUCACAUCUGCUGGCUCCAACUCCAAUAAAGAAGAUGCUGCAAAAUCAGGCUGGGUGCAGUUCAGCUGAGUGGGAAUGUGCACACACUCCAGUUGCAUACAUUCCAUGGAAGGGAUGAUUGAGAAAAAGAAAAAGUGGGAAAUGGGGCAAAGUGGUUUGAUUAACUCACAGCACCCACCCACACAUACCAACCUGCCCUAGAGGAAAUAUGGUCAAUGUAUAUUAUGUAUUUACAAUCAUGCUUUUUCAUGGAGCAUCCUUCUCUGUGUUUUUUGUAGUCAUGUGACCACAAAAUCUAUGCUGGUUGGAGUUCUUCCCUCCAUUUUCCCCUUAAAUCAAACCACCUCAUUUUUUGUUUUAUUAGGACUCUCUCAUGGAAUUCCUUGACAAUCUGUGCAGAAUCAAAUUAGAUGUAUUUUUGCCGCAGCCAUCACACAGUCUGUCACACUUUUGUUUUUUGCAGACCAACCGAGUAAAACUGUUUACCUUUAGAUUUUUUUUUUUUUUACAAGGAUAGUCUUAGUUGAAGCUGCAAUACUGAGCUCAUUAGUGGUCAAUAUGCAAUUUUGAUUAAUAGUUUUGCAUGGCAUCAAUGUCAAUCUAGAGUUUUUAAACAUAAUAACCAUUUCUUGUUUUCAGGUUUGUCUUUGUUUACCCCAAGUUUGUCUUUGUUUGUUCUUUUAAUGUGCCUUUUACCAAAAAAAAGAAAUGUCCUCAAUCUUAUUCAAAGCUGCACCGAGUAUUGAUUAAGUGCCUCUUUGGGAAAAAGAGUGUAUAAAAUGUAAACCUCUUUGUAAAUAAAAAGUAUAUUUCAUGUUCUGUUUUUCUCUCUAUAAUAAAAUACUUUAGUUUUA